AUGGCUAAAACCAAUGGCGACGCUGCAUCAGAACAUCGAUCCACGGAGUAUGGCCACGAAACAAAACACCUGACGGAUCAUGUCCAGCUUCUAACAGAACAGCUGAGACGAGACCCCGGCUUGCCAGUUACGAACUCAACAAUUGCUCACUGGCAACAGCCGCCAAAUCAAAUAUCUCAACAUCAAUCUGCUGACCUGCCAAACGAGACAGAUGUAUUGAUUAUCGGCUCAGGCAUAACUGCAUGCGGUGUGUCAAAACAACUCCUCGAACGGGACAACAGUCUUCGGGUGACUAUUCUAGAGGCUCGAAACGUCACUUCAGGAGCAACAGGCAGAAAUGGAGGACACAUCAAGGCUGUUCCUGAGAUUUCAUAUUCUGCUCUGCUUCCAGAGAUCGGAAAGCAGAAAGCGCAGGAAGUUGUACAUUUCACGUUAAAGAACGUGCAAGAGCUUUUGAAGUUAGCGGAAGGCCUUCCUGAAAAGCAAAGAGAUUAUAGUGAGGUCCGAUCGGUGGAGACUUUGAAUAUCUUUACCGAUGAGGAGGGCUUUGCGCAUGCGAAAGAAGUAGUGGGCAGAUUCGAUGCGGACAACCCGGACUUGAAGGGCAGAGCGAGGAUCAUUGAGAAGGACGAGCUUGUUGAGAAACAUGGAGUUUUGAAUGCAGUAGGCGGCAUGGUUUCGGCAGCCGGCGCAGCGUGGCCGUAUCGUCUCAUCACAAGUGUCUUCGGCAACCUGCUCGAUACGUGUCCUGAGCGAUUCAGUAUUGAAUCAAACACUCCGGUUGAGUCGAUCGAGUACAGUGCAGAUACUGCGACGUAUACAGCACAAACAUCGAGGGGGCCGAUAAAAGCUCGAUAUGUAGUACAUGCAACAAAUGGUCACGCCGGCCAUCUGCUACCCGGCAUAAGGGGAGCCUUAUUCCCUCUCCGAGGCCAAAUGACCGCCCAAACGCCAUGGAAAGACUUCGGCGUGAAAGGCGGAUCUCAAUCAUGGGCAAUCCACUACGGCAAAGGUUUCGACUACAUCACACAGAGCCCUAGCAGUGGUGAGAUCUUCAUCGGAGGCGCUUUGAUCAACUCCGAUCCGCUAUUGGAAAUUGGAAAUCCGCGAGACGAUGCGAAUUGUGUCAGGUCGAUUGCGCAUCUUGGCGGUAUCAUGGAUGCUACAUUUGGAACGCCUGUACGUCAGGAGAUUAGAGCUACUUGGACUGGGGUUAUGGGCUUCACAGUAGAUGGCCUGCCCUUGGUAGGAAAGUUACCGAAUAUGGCGACGCUACGUGAAGGCAACAAUGAGUUCGUUGCCGCUGGGUACAAUGGCUAUGGAAUGCCAAAUGCGUAUCUGUGUGGGAAGUAUAUCGCAGACCUGGUGUUGGGACGAGAGCAUGCUGGCAGUGUGCCUUCAGCCUAUCUAAUUACUGAGAAGCGAUUGAAAGAGAUGAAUCCAGCCAUAGCGGCGGAAUCGUGGAUGCAGGCGUUUCAAAAGACGUAG